AUGCCACGAGGUGACUCUGGAUACAUGAGCUUUGAUGAUGAUUCAGAUAUCUUUGAGAAAGUAAAUGAAGAAUUAAAACAACUCCAGGAGCUUUGUAGAAUACGACAUUCACAAUCGUCAAUUUGUAAAACGAAAGGUGGUGCAUCGAGUCGAAACACUUUUAAUUUAACGCACAGUCAUGGUGAUAAUGUGACACCUCCCCCGAGAAUUGGAUCGCUAAUUCACAUACCUGACAAAAGGAUUCCCACUGAACCAUCAUCAGAGGCAUGUUCAAGUAAUCGAUCACACCUUUCCCACCCUUCGUCCGAACAACGCCAUUCAGCUCCUAGCUCUCCACCUUUGUUGCCUUUAUCAAGACAUCCAAUGUCUAUGCCGGUGUCUGGAUUAACGACGCCAAUUCAUCGGGCACAGGGCCGCGGUCAAAUUACAUCCUCGGAAUUCGACGCCUGUGAAGUAAAGCAAACGAUCCCGAGGCAUCCAAUGUCUAUGCCAAUAUCCGGAUCAACGACACCAAUUUGUCGAGCAAUAGCUUCACAGAGUUGUAACCAGGUUACAUCCGGUACACAUAAAGUUGCCCCUAGCUCCUCACCGCCAUUACUUCCCCUACAAAGACAUCCUCUUUCCAUGCCGGCAUCAGGGUCAACGACACCGAUUCAUCGAGAAACAUCGCAAUCAACAUCCGAUGCACAUAAAAUAAGACAGGCAUUGUUGACCCACCGGAAGUUGAUACUUCCGGAAGUACCUCCGGAACUUCUUGACAUGCCCGAAUCUCCGUCCUCUCCGUCACCACCUUUAAAAAAUAUAGAGGAAAUUCCACUGUCACCGUACGAUUUCCGGGAUCUCAUUGAGCAAUAUUAUGACGAUCUGGAUGAAAUGGAUACGAAGCUUUCGGAAGAAAUGGCAGCAAAGAAUCGCAAGCGUGGAGCCGCCGUGAGAGAAAUUGUUACCACCGAGAGAACCUAUGUCGACGGUUUAAACAAAUGUGUGGAAUAUUUUCUGAAACCCUUACGAGAUAGUUGCCAAAAAUCAAACCACAGGCACACACUCUUGUCCGCUAAACCGGUGGUCACAUUGGAUGAAAUAUCCUUAAUAUUUGGUAAUAUUGAAAUGAUAUUAUCGUUGCACCAACAACUACUCAAAUCCCUGGAGGAGAGGUGCUCCAAAUGGAGUUCCACGGAAUUGAUCAGCGACAUCUUCCUGCAAAACGCACCCUUUCUUAAGAUGUACACGGCAUAUGUAAGAGAUUUCGCACGCGCAAUACAACUCACAGAACGACUCAAGAAAGGAAACAAGGAUUUUAGAAAGUUCUUGCAGUCUGCCCAAGCAAAACCUGAAUUAGGAGGGUUGCCUUUCAAUUCUUACUUAAGUCUUCCUAUACAAAGAAUUCCACGGUACAAGUUGUUAUUGGAAGCCUUACUAAAACACACCGAAGAAUCUCACCCCGAUUACCCCAACCUCGAAAAUUGUGUGAAACAGAUCACGGUCAUCGCAGAUGAGGUUAAUGAAAAGAUAAAGGAUGCCGAAAAUCAAAACAGAGUUUUGGAGAUUCAAUCCAAAGUCGAAAGAUGCCCUAUCAUAGUCAAUCCCGCGCGAAGAUUUAUUUGCGAGGGAGAUCUAUUUAAAGUCACGUAUCAACAAUGUGUGGCAAAGAAAUCAUCAUACAUUGUACCAUCGACCGAGACACAAACGCAUUACUUAUUCAAUGAUCUCCUGGUGCAUUGCCGUAAAAUUCAAGGGAAAAUUGUAUAUGACGAACAGAUUGAUUUGAAUUACGCAUCGGUUGUAGAUAUUGAAGAUAGAUCAUCAGAUAAACCGUGCAGCUUUAAAAUAGUUUACAAGACACCGAAAGAGGAAAGGCAUCACAUAGUUAGGGCUUUGGAUGAAUACACGAAGUUAGACUGGAUGUUAAAACUUGACGAUGCUAUUAUGGCCCUGAAAAACGGGAUCAACGGAUCAUACAAUGCUGAUGGGAGGAAAUUAAUACCAAUUCGACAAAUGCCGCAAAGUUCACUCUUGGAAGUAAACAACUCCGACACCCUUGCACUUUUCAUUUAA